CUCAAGUGCUUGGCUCAGUUUUGAAACUCUUCUCGCUUUACCCUUUAGAAACCAUGCCUUCCACUGUGGAGAACGUGGCUAUGCUCGUCAGCGGUGCCGUGGCCACCACUGCCCUGAGCAGCGCCUUUGUUGCAAGUGGCCCAGUUGCACAGGAGGCCAGGACUGGUCUCCGUUCUUCCGGCUAUGCCAAGUCCUCCCAAUCUUCCCAGUCCAUGGGUGCCAUGGCUGGUGUGGGUGCAGUGGCUGGCCUGGCUGUGGCUGGUGUUGCUGGCAGGCGUGCAGGCAAGAACCGCACUUCCAUGCAGGCUGUGGGUGUUGGAAUCAACGGCUUCGGCCGCAUUGGCCGUCAGGUGGCCCGCAUUGCCAUGAAGGACCCAGAGACUGAUCUGAAGUUGAUCAACGCCAGCUAUGACUCUGACUACCUGGCCUACAUGAUGAAAUAUGACACUAUCCACGGCAAGUAUGAUGGAACCGUGGAGGCAGAUGGCGACUCCCUGGUGGUUGAUGGCCAGAAGAUUGCUUUGUCCCACACCCGUGACCCAGCUGAGAUCCCUUUUGGUGAGCAUGGUGCAGAGUAUGUUUGCGAAUCCACUGGUGUGUUCCUGACCACUGAGAAGGUUCAGGGUCACUUGAAGGCUGGCGCAAAGAAGGUGAUCUUCUCUGCUCCUGCCAAGGAUGACUCUCACACCAUUGUGAUGGGCGUGAACGAGGACACCUACGAGCCAUCCAUGGAGUGCGUGUCCUGCGCCUCCUGCACCACCAACGGCUUGGCCCCAGCUGUGCGUGUGCUGCAGGAGAAGUGGGGCAUCAAGCGUGGUCUCAUGACCACCUGCCAUGCCAUGACUGCAUCUCAGCCCACUGUGGAUGGCACCUCCAAGAAGGACUGGCGUGGUGGCCGUGCUGGCCCUGGAAACAUCAUCCCAUCCUCCACGGGUGCUGCCAAGGCUGUGGCCAAGGUGAUCCCUGAAGUGAAGGGCAAGCUGACCGGCAUGGCCCUGCGUGUGCCAACCAUUGAUGUGUCCGUUGUGGAUCUCACCGUUGAGUUGGAGCAGGAGACCACCUACGAGGAGAUUUGCGCUGAGAUGAAGAAGCGAUCUGAGGGUGACAUGAAGGGCUUCCUUGGCUACACCGACGAGGCAUUGGUGUCCACUGACUUCGAGACCUGCCCAAUCUCCUGCACCUUCGAUGCCAAGGCCGGCAUCAUGUUGGAUCCUACCUUCGUGAAGGUUGUGUGCUGGUAUGACAACGAGUGGGGCUACUCCUCCCGUGUGGUGGACCUGAUCAAGCACAUGGCUGCUGAGGAUGCCAAGGCGUAAGCUAGCUAGAUGCCGCUAGAUGCCGCUAGAUGCAGCUAGAUGCAGCUAGGUCGGAUUGUAAGAUAUUGUAAGAGUUUUCUUUUCGUAGCCAAGCGAUUUUCCAGAUUUAACACUUCAAGCUGCGUGUGCCGGACAACCGGCCUCGACUCAGUGGAUUUCAGUCGUUAUUCGCAGACACAAAAAGAAUCCAGAGACACUUUUGCAAUCAUUUUCAUGGUCUCUUCUUGUACGAAAACCGGAG